AUGAAGUUCACCAACAUUGUUCUGGCUGCCAGCGCCGCUACCGUGGCCUGCGCCUACCCCCGCGGACGGGACGUUAUUCCCACCAAGCAGACCACUGAUAUCAAGAAGCGCGCCAAUGGAUUCACUUGGUUGGGUGUCAGCGAGUCCGGUGCCGAGUUCGGCCCCGGCAACACCCCCGGUACUCUGGACAAGGACUACACCUGGCCCAAGACCUCCCAGAUUAAGAUUCUGAGAGAUGCCGGCAUGAACAUCUUCCGUGUUCCCUUCUUGAUGGAGCGCCUGGUGCCCUCCAGCAUGACCGGCUCCCCCGAUGCCACUUACAUGGCCGCCCUCAAGUCCACUGUCAAGUUCAUCACCGACAGCGGUGCCUAUGCCGUCCUUGAUCCCCACAACUACGGAAGAUACGGUGGCAACAUCAUCACCUCUACCUCCGAUUUCAAGGCCUUCUGGAAGACCGUUGCUAAGGAGUUCGCCUCCAAUGAGAAGGUCGUCUUCGACACCAACAACGAGUACCACGAUCUUGACCAGACCCUCGUCCUCGACCUGAACCAGGCCGCCAUUGAUGCUAUCCGUGCCGCUGGCGCCACCAGCCAGUACAUCUUCGUCGAGGGUAACGCCUGGAGCGGCGCCCACUCCUGGACCGCCAACAACGACAACCUGAAGGCCCUUACUGACUCCGAGGACAAGAUCGUCUACGAGAUGCACCAGUACCUUGACGGCGACAGCUCCGGCACCUCCCCGUCCUGCGUCAGCGCCACCAUCGGAAAGGAGCGUCUCGAGUCUGCCACCGCCUGGUUGCAGAAGAACCACAAGAAGGGCUUCAUCGGCGAGUUCGCCGGUGGUGUCAACAGCGUCUGCGAGUCUGCCGUCGAGGGCAUGCUCUCCUACAUGUCCGACAACAGCGACGUCUGGAUGGGCGCCGAAUGGUGGGCUGCCGGUCCCUGGUGGGGAUCUUACAUGUACAGCUUGGAGCCUGCUGAUGGCCCAGCUUACGCCACCUACCUCCCCAUCCUCGAGAAGUACUUUACCGCCGCUAAGACUACCACUACCACCGCCCAGACCUCCACCAAGACCGCUGCCCACACCACCACCACCACCGCUGAUGUUAAGGUCACCACCACCGCCAACCCCAACAUCCAGGUCCCCAGCGCCACCUCCAGCUCAACCACCACGGCUCCCGCUAAGACUACCACCGCUGCCGUUGUUGCCCCCAUCUCCACCACCACCCUCGUGAAGGUGCCUACUACCACCACUGCCGCCCCGACUACCCUUGUCACCGCCACCACCCACGCUCAGGUACCUACUGGCACCCCCUCUACUGGAAACGUUGCUAAGCACUACUACCAGUGCGGUGGCAUCAACUGGACUGGCCCCACUGUUUGCGAGACUGGAACCACUUGCCGCGAAUGGAACCCUUACUACUUCCAGUGCGUUAGCCCCAACUAA